UACACCAUGGAGAAGAAAUGGACAUACUGUGCUGUCUACUCCAUCAUCCAGAUGCAUUUUGUCAGGGUGGUAUGGGAAGAAACAUUGAAUGCAGAAGCAAACAUUUAUGCUUUUCCUGGUUCUGAUGUCAAUUUGACCUGCCAAACACAAAAGAAAGGUUUCUUGGUGCAAACACAGUGGUCCAGAAUCACUCGGAAGGAGGAAAUGGUUGGCCUUUAUCACCCCGUACUUGGUUUCUACUGUGAUGGUGGGAAUCCCUGUGAAUCACUCGUGUCAUAUAAAGAAAUUCCUGGGAAUAUAUCGGAAUGGACACUGCACUUAAGAAACAUGUCGUCCUCGCUCAGUGGGAAGUAUGAGUGUACAUUUACACUCUAUCCAGAGGGCAUUCGGACUAAAAUUUUCAACAUUCUCCUUCGGACAACUGUUACCUACGAUGAGCAGAGAAGCAAUCACACAAUAGAAGCGGAGAUAAAUCGGACUCUGGAAAUACCAUGCUUUCAAAAUAUGUCCUCAGAAAUUUCAUCUGAAUUCACCUUUGCAUGGUUAGUGGAAGACAACGGAAAUCAGGAAACACUUCUCACUGGAGAUCAUCCCAUCAGCAAUUCCACAUUAUUUAAAGACAGAGUCAAGCUGGGUGCAGAUUAUGCCCUCCACCUCUCUCCAGUCCAAAUCCAUGAUGACCAUCGGAAGUUCUCUUGUCAGGUCAUCAUUAGGCCUGGAAAAAUAUUGAGGAGCUCCACCACGGUCAAAGUUUUUGCUAAGCCAGAAAUCCCUGUGAUUGUGGAAAAUAACUCCACGGAUGUCUUGGGAAAGAGAGUAUUUACCUGCUUAUUGAAGAAAGUAUUUCCUGAAGCAUCACUUCGCUGGUUAAUAGAUGGAAACUCACCGCAAGGCGAAAAAGAAAUAAGCAUUACUAAUAAAAUGGAAAAAGAUCAAGAUGGAUUUUGGGAACUGAAGUCAGUUUUGACAAGGCUGUCUGGUGAUAUGCCUGCCCAAUCAAACAAUAUGACUGUUUGGUGCGUGGCUCUGUCUCCAGUCCCUGGAAAUAAGAUACGGAACAUGUCAUCUGAAAAGAUCACUGUUUCCUUCGGAUCAGUGAACUUUCUGACAGAUCUUCCAGUCAGUGUGGCAGAAUCUUCCCCUGGCACCCAACCUUCUCCAGCCAAAAGCACAUCUCAUAUAAGAUUUCCAGAUACAUCUUCAACAGUCUUUGUAACUGUGAAUACAUCCAGCCCAACCACCACCCCUCAAACCAGCAGUUCCAGUGUGACUUUCCAAAACUCCACCGACUCCUGGAUCUCCAGAGGGAAAGAGGCUGAAAACUUUUCAUGGAUGCCUAGUGAAACAUAUAGCUCAUCCUCCCCCAAUGCAACUUCAACACAUCAUGGUGAUGUCUUUGCCAGUACUACUGAAGCAUUUUCAGAAAUUUCAACAACUGCCAAUAUAUCUACUAAAAAUAAUCACAUCCAAAUCAACGGUAUCGUUAAAAAGCCCAGAGAUGGAAUGUCCUGGCCAGUGAUUGUAGCAGCUCUACUCUUUUUCUGCAUGGUGGUCUUUGGUCUUGGAGUGAGAAAAUGGUGUCAGUACCAAAAAGAAAUCCUGGAAAGACCACCACCAUUCAAGCCGCCUCCACCUCCCAUCAAGUACACCUGCAUUCAAGAGUCUAUUGGAGGUGACCUGCCUUGUCAUGAGAUGGAACCCCUCUGA